CAUCAGAUUAUGCAGCGCCAUAGCAGAUCGCACACCUGAGCGGACGCAGGCGUUGCCACACGCCAUGGGUCGCGGUUUAGCGCCGCCUCCCCCGGCUCUAGCACCCCUGGAGGACGUAUCAACCAGGUUGAAUGACCAGAGGGCCUUUGUCUCGCAAAUGCCAAAAACCAUGCCGUCCUCACCAUCACAGGGAGAGGCCAAACGAUUGAAGCGCCCGGGCGCGAGGUAUUUUCCGGCAGAGGAAACCUCACUGGUCUAUCCAUCGCGGCCAGCGGUUCCCAAGCCGACAGUUGAACGACCGUUGAACGGGAGCAUGAAAGGCUUCGGCUGGCGUGUCACGGAGGACCGCAUCAGACCAUCGGCCGACCUGGCUGACAAGGUGUACUUCGCCCCAGUCGUCCCGGGUUUGCCGCAGCGCAAGCGACCGCGCAGGCCCAGAAUCCUUGAGCCCUUGGCGCCCUCCAUGGCCUCAGUGGCUCAGCUGCGUAACAAGGUGAUGGGUGCUUUGGACUCGGCCCUGCGUAGCGAACGCGUGCCACAGGACAUGAGGUAUCGUCUCUUGGGCACGGUGGAGCAGGUGAUGGACAGCGAGAUGGACGUUCCUGAGCUGGAGGAGUUGCCGAUGCCCCCGCGAACGCAAGCCAUCCAGAUGGUGCAGGAUAAGGUGAAAAUCAAGUUGGCGCCCACUGUUGAGCCAGUGGAGGCUGCAGUCCAAAGGCCUGCGCGAAGCCAAGAGGCGGAGGCAGCUGCUUCAACCCGACCACCUUCUUCAGUGGUGCAGGCCCCUCUAGAUGACCUGGAGUCGGCCGAGGUGCCUGACGCCAUCGAUGAGGACGAGGUGGUUCUGGUUGAUGUCGGUGAAGACGACCAGUUGUUGAACUUGGUCGCGGAUGAGGUGAUGGACAACGUCUUUGCUGUGGUCGGAGGAGAAGACGUCUGAGCGAUGCAAUGCUUCGGCCCUGGCUGUCCUGUAGUGCCGUGAACUUUUCAUGUCAUCAAGGGCACUGGUAACUUCAAGACCUUGCGGAAGGAUUUUCUUUCUUUUUGAAUUGAAC